CCCAUACACUGUAUAGCAUACAGCCCUCACUCACUGUUAUUGUGUGCCAUUCACUCACUGGUGUCCACAUUAUCAUCACAUCCAUUGCUGUCAAUCAUGUCAUCCCAAGACAAACCUAAUGCCUCUCAACAAUCUCUACUCCCAUUACAUCGCCUCAAGAAUGAGUUGUUUGCACUCGGAUUAGAUAAACCAGAACAAUUGGAUGCGUCGGGUGUUCACAAAAUCUUCACAGCCUUUGCCGAGUUUGUCAGAAAAAAUGCCUCAAAACCACUGCCAAAACCCUCGGAAAAGGAGUGUCUGGAGCGUGCAGUUCCCUGGUGCAAUAUGACACACCAACCACCAUCACAACCAUCGCAUUCAUACACCAAUGGCGCCACUCAUGACACCACAGCCAACACCAGUCCUCCUCCUCCUCCCCAUUCUCUCCAAUAUCGUUUUCUACAUUUUUCGGACAUUUCCUCGCAAUUGGCCGAAGAGGUGAAGAGUGGAGUUGUCUUCGGGUUCACGUCUUUGGCCGACAAUAACGUGAGUUAUUGUAUGGGAUGUGUGGACAACGAGAAGGACAUCCCGUCCGGCACUACACUAAUGGGUGUCUAUUGUCUCACUCCCUCUCCAUCCGAAGAAGUGCUCAAAGAUUUGUGUCAGAAGUACAGCAAAAGCAAGAAAAGCGGAAAACUUGUCGUUUUGACCACAAUUUGCGACCAAAAGGAGCUGAAGACCCGAUUCUUUGAAAUCAAAUCCAAAGAGUUGUGUGAAUGCAGUCAUGAAGUCGUCGAUGACAAUGAGGCCAUCGAUCAGACAAUUAUCGUUAGACUUAAAGCAAAUAUUUGUCUCACAUUUAAGACAUCGAUUGACACUUUUGUGGACAAUUGGACGGAAGAGUUGAAUAAAGCGAAAGAAGACAUUAAUUCAUAUGACUUGGAGUUAAUUCAGUCGUGUUUUAAGACUAAUAUCUCGGCGACGGAUAAGUCAUUCAAUUCGAUGACAUUAACAGAUCUAUAUGGAUAUCUGGAAGAAGAUCCGGAUCUGUUUGAUGGCAUAGAAGUGCCGCAGAAUAUGAAGAAGAAAAUGAUCGAAAAAAUGAGGAAAAAGAAGGCCAACGACAAGAGUCCUCUCGAGUUCACGGCUUUUAAUGGCAGUAAUAGUACUAAAAGUGAUGACACGUCCGAAGACAUAGAAUUGUCUGAAGACCUAAAAGAAGUGAAACUGAAUAUAAGGAUCGACUCAUUGUCUCGAAUCCAAGAAAUGAAUUCCAUUUCAUAUUUAAUUAAAUUAUUUUCCAAUCAAAUGAAACAACAGUUGACAUCAUAUGGCAAUCAAUGGACAGAAUGUGUGAAAUCAGACAAACGUCUGCCUUCUCUGCAAACGUAUAACUUUUGGCCCAAAAAUGUCUCGCAUUUUGUGUCAAUUGUUUAUCCGAAGAGUUUGAGUGACGAACAACUCGUGAGUCGUCGCAAAGAAUAUCAUUUAAGAUAUUUGAUUCGAAAUGAUAGACCAGUUUUCCGGAAAUCCAAUCGCUUUCUGUUAGACAACGAAAAGCCGAAAACAGAUUAUUUGACUUCAGUUCACAUCGGACUCAAAGAGUCGGGUCUUAAAGGCGGCCAAACGUAUUGUGUUUACGGCGACUACACAUACCAUCACUAUAUGCAGGACAGGAUGGAUGACAACGGCUGGGGAUGUGCUUACAGGUCGCUGCAGACGAUAGUGUCGUGGUUUAGGCACCAGUCGUAUAUCGAUAAACCAGUUCCCAGUCAUACAGACAUCCAACAGGCGCUGGUAGACGUCGGCGAUAAGCAGCCCUCGUUUGUCGGCUCUCGACAGUGGAUCGGCUCUCAAGAAGUCAGUUAUGUUUUGAGCCAUUUGUAUGAAAUCACAUCAAAGAUUAUGUUUGUUAACUCCGGCGCCGAGUUGGCCAACAAAGGCCGCGAAUUGGCCCAUCAUUUCACCACAAAUGGGACGCCUAUUAUGAUAGGGGGCGGCGUUUUAGCCCAUACUAUCAUUGGCAUCGACUUUAGCGAAGACACGGGAGAUAUAAAGUUCUUAAUACUGGAUCCGCACUACACGGGCGGCGAAGACUUGAAUACCAUUCAAAAGAAAGGUUGGUGUGGAUGGAAGGCCUCCACCUUUUGGGACAAGAAUUCCUUCUAUAAUCUAUGUCUCCCACAAAGACCCGACACUUAUUGACACA